CCUCAUGCGUGGAGCAUUGCUAAGUACACCAGUAAUGUCACGACCUGCGCGAAGACAAGUCGCCAAAGAAAAGGUUUUCGGCCAACAAGGAUCCGUCGCUGGUAGAUCUUCGGGACAGCCAGGGCAGACCUACAACAUCUAUUAUGAUCGGUGGAGUGGAGGCGGUCGGUCAAGAGAAUCGGGUGGCAGCGGCAAGGAGAAGGCGGCCUAUCGAUGUGACCUAACCAAAGAUUCAGGCAGGACCAAGGGAACAUAUAACCCGAAUGCGUACUUUUGCGCGUUCUUCGCAAAGGGAUGCUGCCCGAAUGGCGAGGACUGCGGCUGGCUUCACAGGAUUCCUACGCGACAGGAUCAUGUGGACUCUGGAAUGGAUGUUUUUGGACGUGAGCGAUUCGACGAGCAUAGGGACGAUCGCGGCGGCGUAGGGUCAAUGCGGUCUGAUAGUAGGACGCUUUAUGUCGGCAGGAUACAGCCGUCUCCCGACAUCCAGGCUGUCGUCGAAAAACACUUCAGCGCAUGGGGUGAAGUCGAACGACUCAAGGUAUUGGCGGACAAAGGCGUCGCUUUUGUUACCUAUCGAAGUCGAUUGAAUGCCGAGUUCGCGAAGGAGGCUAUGGCGAACCAGUCCUUGGACCACACAGAGGUUUUGAAUAUCAGAUGGGCUACUGAGGAUCCGAACCCACGAGUGCAGGCAGUAAAUAAGCGCAAGGCCGUCGAACUUACGCGAGAGGUAAUAGAGUCCAAGCUGUCGGUUGACUUCAAGCAAGCACAGCACCUUCCUGGAUCAGAAAAAGCUGAGAUGCCCGGACCAGGGAAACGGCAAAAACAGGAAUCUACUGCUGCUGAGAAUGAUACAUCUAAUGGAGCUCAUGCUCAAGUGCCGCAGUUGUAUCGUGGAGCUGAUGGUCAAUACUAUUAUGAUUAUGGCGACUACGGAUAUAACCAUGAGACGCAGCAAUACGAUCCCAUUCGUCUAGGGCACUAUCAGGAGAGCGCAGGUAGCGGAAGCUCGGCUCAGGGUGAUGUUGGCUCGGUACCCUCAUUACAGGAUCGCGUGAAGGCGUCGUUAUCAACUGCAGCGCCCAAUACCGCCUCACCUGCUUUCUUGUUGAAGCCAUUGCCAGGAUUACUCUCGGGAACAACAAUCAAAGCGUCGGAGCCGAAGCAAGCACCAUCCAUGCCCAAUACCUCUGCACUUAGUGCCCUUAUUGCUUACGGGUCCGAUGAUUCAACGAGCGAGGAUGGCGAUUAAUAAAUCAGUUGCAUCGUCAAAAAA